GCUAGGCUACGUCACCGUCUUGAUUUGGGGCGGGGGCUUGCAGGAGAUUUAAUAGGAAGGUGGCAAAGACGCUGUGAAUGUUUACUGUUUUUAAUCGAAUUGAGAGACAUUUAACCACACAACCAAUAUAUAUUACAAUACAGAAGGGUUUCACCUAUAUUUGAGAGAUUAUAUCACCAGAAGAAGAUGGGUAGCUGCCUUACAGUUGGACCAAAUGAAGCCGUGGUUGUCUCUGGUGCCUGUUGUGGCUCAGAUGAGAAGACCUACAUGGUGGGGGGCUGGGCCUGGGCCUGGUGGCUCAUCACUGACAUUCAAAGGAUUACACUGGAGAUUAUGACACUCCAACCCAAGUGUGAGGAUGUUGAGACUGCAGAGGGGGUCGCCAUCACUGUCACUGGGGUGGCACAGAUCAAAGUGAUGACAGAUCAUGAUCUUUUGGCAAUUGCUUGCGAGCAGUUUUUGGGCAAAUCCGUCCCCGAAAUCAAAGGAGUGGUUUUGCAAACCUUGGAGGGACAUUUACGCUCAAUUCUAGGCACACUGACGGUGGAGCAAAUCUACCAGGACAGGGACAAGUUUGCCCAGCUGGUGAGGGAGGUGGCAGCGCCUGACGUGGGCAGGAUGGGAAUUGAGAUCCUCAGCUUCACUAUCAAGGAUGUCUAUGAUAAAGUGGACUACCUGAGCUCACUGGGGAAGACUCAGACAGCAGCAGUCCAGAGGGAUGCAGACAUCGGUGUGGCAGAGGCAGAAAGGGAUGCUGGGAUAAGAGAAGCGGAGUGCAAGAAGGAGAUGAUGGAUGUCAAGUUCCUGGCCGACACAAAGAUGGCCGACUCCAAACGAGAACUUGAACUGCAGAAGGCUGCUUUCAACCAAGAAGUCAACACCAAGAAAGCGGAAGCCCAGCUGGCCUAUGAGCUGCAGGCAGCUAAAGAACAGCAGAAGAUCAGGCUGGAGGAGAUAGAGAUUGAGGUGGUUCAGAGGAAGAAGCAGAUCACCAUUGAGGAGAAGGAGAUUUUCCGCACAGAGAAGGAGCUCAUCGCCAUGGUGAAGAGGCCUGCCGAGGCAGAGGCAUACAAGAUGCAACAGCUGGCUGAGGGACAGAAGAUGAAGAAGGUUUUAACGGCCCAGGCAGAGGCAGAGAAGAUCCGGAGAAUUGGCGAGGCAGAGGCUGGCUCCAUUGAGGCUAUAGGGAAGGCUGAGGCUGAGAAGAUGAGACUUAAGGCUGAGGCUUACCAGCAGUAUGGAGAGGCAGCCAAGAUUGCUCUUGUCCUGGAGGCCCUGCCCAAGAUUGCAGCCAAGGUGGCGGCGCCGCUGGCCAGGACCAAUGAGAUAGUAAUCCUAAGCGGGGAGGGAAACCAUGUGACGGGGGAAGUGAACCGCCUCCUGGCUGAACUUCCUGUGUCCAUCAAUGCCCUCACAGGAAUUGACCUAUCAAAGAUCCCACUACUGCAGAGGAUGACCGAUGCUCAGGCCUGAAAACAAUCUCUCCCUUCUACUCUCUGUUUUAUGCACUCUCAUAGACUGCCUUCAAUACCCUUGAAAUUAUUAUUUAUUUAUUAAAUAUGAACAAGUGGAUUUUUUUAAACCUCUGGUGCCUUAAUUUCUACAGGACCAGAAUAUCUGCAUGUACCGCUGCUCCUUCAUAUACUCUGUAUCGUUUGAGUUCACUACUUUUUGAAUCAUGAAGCUUUUUACAAUAAGUAGAUCGCAUGACUUUAAUCAUUUAGCAUGAACUGAGCCUUUUUGAUUUUACUCAUAAACCUCUCUAGUCUCUACCUUACCAUUUCAUGUCAGUGAACAGCUGUCAAGAAGAGCAACCUCUAUGAUUUUCUUUCAAAAUUGUACUCACCUUGCCUAUUACACACCAUUAUUACUCAGUAAUUAUCUCUUCUUGCUAUCAUGUGACUAUUGUAUAGGUUAUGGAAGUUACUGUACUCUAAUGUAUAUAACUUUUAAUUUAACUGAUUUAAUUUGUCCUUUAUGAUGAGUUAUGGGUUUUCACAAUCAGGUGACAAGUGGUAUCAAGUGCUACAUGAAACAAGGUGCUCACUGCUUACUAUCCUCAAAUUAUUUAUUUAGGCUUCUACUUAGUCAAAACUCUGGGUAACUGGGAAUUCUUCCCACUCUUUAAGAAAUAAUGUGUUUUCAUUUUAGUUUUACAUUGUUCCAAACACACUUUCAUUUAUAGCAACAAGAAUGGCUUUUUAUACUCAUCCCAGAAACCUGAUUGGCAGUCCUUUUGUUUCUUUGGCUAUGAUUGCAUCUUUCUGAAUUGGUGUGAAGUAAGUUGAAGUACUGAAUUGACUUGAAGUAAGUUUGAGGGAGAGAUUAAGUACUUUGUGGGAUUCUAAUGAUGUAGCAUAAUUUAUUGAGAGAACUCUUUGUCCUGGUGAAAGUUCCGUUUUUGAGUCCAAGGGUUAUGAGUCCAAGAAGUAGUAAAAUGGUGUUACUCAUAGCCAAACACUAGUCAUUGCUCCUUAUCAUUUUUAUUAUACAGGAAUAGGUAUUUAAAAAAAAUACGAGCUGUGAUAUGUUUUUAAGAAGUAAUUUUGUUCAUUCUGUUGAUUUCUUAAUUUCAUGUUUCAAUUGAUUAGUGUGACUUGAUUAUAACAUUGACAGACACUUGUUGCAGUUUUAUAUAGUAAUGUAAGUACAUUUUAAGCCAUGUAAGACAGCUCUUCAGGUUCUGUCCACGAUGUAAUCUUAAAGAUAACUCUGUAUAUCAUACACUUGUCAGAGAAAGAUAUCACUCCUGUUUAGACAAUGCUGAUCAAUGUAUUUAGUCAUUUAUCUUGCUUUGAAUUAUCUAUAAUUGUGAAAAAGGGUAUAUGUACUGUUACACUAUUGUCAUUCCACAUUACCUCCAUGUUUAUGAUCUGUUUGUUGAGCUCAUUCCAAGACUGAAUCGCAAUCUGAUUUAUAUUGGCUUUUUGUUGUAUUGUGGUUAGUCAUCGUGGAGGUAAGACUCAUCAAGAUCAUCACUGAUUUGGUGACUUGCACUAUUCAACAUGAGAUCAUGGGAAACCAAGAUGGGAAACUCCAGCUAUUAUGUAAGUGGACAGAUUACAAAAAAGCACUGAGCAAAUUAUAAAGAAUAUCAGCGCUCAAAUAAUGUUGGGAAAAUGUUUCCUUGCCCUUUCCCCCUCCCAGACAUAUCGUAAUGUUCUUUUUAAUUAGUCAAAUGAAAAUGACUUUCUUAAUUUCAUGUUUCAUGAAGGACUGUUACUGUUAUGUUUCUUUUUGUCUGCCCUCAAAUUGAUUUGACUCUACUUCAUUGCAGCCAUUGUAAUCUAAGUAAUUUUGCCAAUACUGUGAAAAGGUUUCAGUUGUGUAACAACUGUAAUUUGGAUUUGAGUUACUUUGUGGCUUCACAACCAAAUGCAUUGUUCUGGCUAAGCUUGUAUUUUUUUGACAAUCCACUAAAGAUACUUUUUGGAUACUUUUUGUGAAAAUAAUCAUCACUUUACUGUUGUCAAAUAUAGAGAUAUUCAUGCACUCCAUUUUUUUUGGAGUCAAUGUAGAUGUUUUUAUUUUUCAACAGGACUACAUAUUUGUGAAUGUUACAUAAUAUUACCAUAUUUCAGUCUUCAUCUGUCAUGCUAAUAAAAUUACAAAUAGGUGUG